UUUUCAUGCAUGUACCGUACCACAGACGAAAUUAGAGCAGCAUAAGAAUGGUAUAAUGAAAGUGUGCCAAAAUUGAUUUAUAAAAGCUGUUUAUUCGGUUUGAUAAAUAUAGAACUUAAACGGAUGAGACAGAAUAUUUAAGAAUUCUAAAUAAUAUUACCAUAAAUACUAGACUUCCGCCAACUUAAUUCGGACGUGACUCGACUCAUAAAACGCUUCAACAACGGUCAAAAUUUUUCAUUUUGAACUUGCGAACAAGUGCUGAAAGUAAUAAACCAUGAAUUCAGUCGUUCUCUUAUCGCUUGUGAUGUUCUUUUCUGUUUUGCCAAAAAACAGUGAAGAAACAUUUUGGAGGCUCACAACACCGCGACCAACGAAAUUACCAUCAGAUCCAAAUGCUCCGAUUUAUCGGAAGCUUCAAAUUAUUCCAUCUCCAAAGAAGACUGCACAAUUGAUGUUAGAAAAUUUCUUCGACUUUCAUCCAGCAAGUAAAGUGACUAAAAGAUCUUUAGUCCUCGAAGAUAUUGUUUUUAUCAUGGAUGGUUCAGGAUCAGUCCCUAAAUGUGAAUUUUAUGAAGGUCUGAAGGCGUUCGCUCAAGCGAUUGAAAUGUGUGAGAAACCAAAGGAUGGCAAUACAUACAACUGCCGACACGCUGCAGUCACAUUUUCUACCCAAGCAAGAGUAGACUUCCAAUUCCUUCCUUCUGCAGAAGCUCGUCAGAAAAUUCGCUUAAUCCCGUAUCCUGACGGGAGUACAAAUACACAAGCAGGAUUAGCCAAAGCAGAAAACCUAUUCUUAACUGGAAGCCGAAGAUUUUCAAAAUUAAAGGUUCUCCUCCUGACAGACGGGCGGUCUAACGUAGAUCGACAUCUGACUAUACCCAACGCUGAAAAGCUGAAGAAGAAUUUGGGUGUGCAAAUCUCUGUUGUGGCCGUCGGUGACCUUGAUACUCUUGCUAUACAGGAAAUGGCUGGAAUAGCAUCUUCUGCACCAGAAAAACACGUUUUUCGAAUUCGCAAAAUUAGCGACCUUGUAUACAUUUUUGAAAUGGCCUUGGAGAAAUUGAACAGCGGAAAGUUGCAGGCAAAGCCGUACCAAUCCCCAUGUUAGAAACAUUGCAGAUCGCAACAGACUCGCAACG